AUGAAAGAAGAAGAACUUCAUCGGCGUAUCCAAGAGCUUGAGGCAGAAAAUGCUAAGCUAAGGCAAGGUUACAAUCCGCAAGAACACAUUUUCGAAAAAAUCGACUCUCACUUUUCGUUGGAAGAGUACAGGCGGUAUGGGCGUCAGAUGAUAGUUUCAGAAUUUGGGUCUCUACCGGCGCAGAAACGGCUCAAAGAUGCCAGUAUUUUGGUUGUUGGUGCCGGUGGCCUUGGCUGUCCAGCCUUAUUGUACCUAGGUGGGGCUGGAAUAGGUAAAAUCGGUAUCGUUGAUAAUGACAUUGUCGAUGUCAGCAAUUUGCACAGACAGGUUCUUCAUACGACAGAGACUGUUGGGAUGCUCAAAUGUGAAUCAGCAAAGCUAUACCUAAAUCGCCUCAACCCCCAUGUUAGUGUCGCUACUCAUCCAGAGAGACUAACAAACGAGAAUGCGUUUGGUAUCAUCAAUCAAUACGAUUUGGUUCUCGAUUGUACCGACACACCAGCAACACGUUACUUAAUCAAUGACGUCUCUGUGCUUUGCGGUAAAACUAUAGUGAGUGGAUCCGGGGUGAAGACAGAUGGCCAAAUCACUAUCUUAAACUUCCGGUCAGAAGGACCGUGCUACCGGUGUUUUUAUCCUACUCCUCCAAAACCGGAAUCCGUUUCCACAUGUGGUGAUGCUGGUGUUCUUGGCCCUGCUAUAGGAAUAACGGGGAUUGCAAUAGCUAUGGAGGCAAUCAAAGUUCUCACCGGUUACUAUGAUAAGUCAUUUGAGCCGUUCUUAUCUAUGUAUUCAGCAUACCCGAUGCAAAACAUGAGAGUCUUCAAAAUGCGCAAGAGACAGAAACAUUGUCUUGUCUGUGGCGAGGCUCCUACAAUAACAAGAGAAGUAGUGGAGUCGGGUAAGAUUGACUACGCUGUUUUCUGUGGAUCGGUCAACAAUAAUAUUUUGACCAGCGAACAGAGAAUAGACGUGAAGGAAUUUCAUUCACUAAGAUCAGCAAAUCCAAACAGUAUUUUAAUCGAUGUGAGACCACGGGAACAGUUUUUGAUCACAAAGCUACCGAAUGCCAUAAACAUUGACUGGACUAGCAUCUUGUCCAAGAUUGAUUCUGUGGAUGACUACAUCCCUCUGUCAUUCAACAAGAAUGAAGAUGCAUUAUAUGUAAUUUGCAGAUAUGGCAAUGACUCGCAAUUGGCAGCGCAAAAGCUUCAUGAAUUAGGUUUCAAGAAAGUUAAGGACAUAAAAGGUGGUAUGUACAAAUGGAGCUGCGAUGUUGAUCCUGGAAUCCCUAUAUAUUAA